CUAAUUUUAAAUCUCUUACAUGGAAACAAAAAAUUAGGAUUCUUCGUUCAAUAUCAGACAAUUUAGAUUACAUUCACCAAAAAUACAUUCAUAGAGAUCUUCAUAGCAAAAAUAUACUUAUGUUUAGUACUGAGGACUUUAUUCCUCAUGCUUUUGAUUUAAAUGGCAAUUUAGUAAUGAUUCAGGCGAAGGUUGGAGGUAAAUUAGAGACAAUAGAACCAAAGAUAUCUGAUUUAGGAUUGUCAAGCGAAGCAAAAAAUCAUGACAUACAAAAGUAUGGC